AUGGGAUUGAUCAGGAGCUGUUUUUCGUUCCUGGUCGGCACCACCUUCGGCAUCUACGUGUCUCAGAAUUACGACGUCCCCAACAUCAAGAAGCUCGUGGAUUUCGGCGUCGCCGUGGCCAAGCACUACGAGGAGUCUUACCGCAAGGGCAAGAGGGGCGACGACGACAAUUAG